GCAAAAAUUAUUCAAAAAGAGGUUGUUUCAUCGCGGAACUAGAAUCAAGAUGGCGCGUGAACGAGGGACAUCCUUGCUCCAAACUUUUGAAGAAAGUGCUUCAUUUUUUGGUCCAAAAGUUCCAGAAACUGUGCGAAAAACUGUCCGUUACUUCUCAAAAUUAGAAAAAUCAACUAUGAGAAAGUUGAUACAAGUGGCCCUGAAAGAUAUAGAAGGAGAAGAAAUUCCUGGAAAUACACUGCAGUCAAUAAAGCCAACAGAUGUUGAUGAAGAAGUUCUCCUUUCCGCAUAUGCAGGAAUAUUGCAAAUUCUGACAUUAGCUUUUAGAUUCCCGCCUGGUUCCUUAAAGAAAGAUGUUUUUGUAAAAGAGUUAUCUGAUCUCAAGGUACCCCCAGAGUUGAUAGAAGAUCUUACGAAUGUUGUUUUCAGUGCAAAGCAGCAUGAGAUUGACAAGAAGUUGAUUGAAAAUAGAAUACAAUUGCCAAAACUAGAUUCUUUAAGAUGGAGAGUUGAUGUUGGAAUUUCAACAAGUGUGUUAAACAGGGUAUUAGAGCCCACCAUACUCAUGGAAAUGAAUUUAGACAAUGGGAAAUCUGAAACAUUUGAGGUUCCUGUAUCAAAGUUCCAUGAACUUCGCUACAAUGUGGCUACUGUCCUUAAAGAAAUGGAAGACUUGGAAAAACAUAGUAUUCUUAAAAUACAAACAUGAUAAAGCCAAUCUGUAAAUAUUAUUUUUGGAAAUUGAUUUUUGUAUACUUGUAGAAAAUCGUUAUAAAUAAAUAAUUUAAACUUUUGA